AUGGGAAACAUCUGCUUUAAACUGUCCGUCUUCCCAGGAGUUGUUGCUGAGAAGAUGGGAAUUGUUAAGCAGAUGGGUUGUGAACUCUUGGAAACUCUUAUAAGUGAAAAUCUUCAAAAAGAUCAGAGUCUGGAUGACUGCCGCACUGCAGUUACACACCUGACAAAAACCUGCAGCCCAGAGAAGCUCCUGCACAGGUAUCUUGAACUAAUUGAAGACUGCAAUCCAGGUGCAAUUUCAGACACCAUCAUGGCUCUAAUUCCACAUAUUCAAACAGUGCUGCUCUGGCUGGAGGCCUCACAGGCAGCCUCUCUGGGCCUGGCUGUGGCUGCCAUACAGAAUCAGCUGUCCUUGCUGCCAAUGCCCUACAGCCUGCAGCAGGAGCAGGCUGACGAGUAUGGCCUGUGCCGCUGCUCCGCCUCCGUGGCUGCCUUCACCAAACCCUUCAUCCAAAAACUGAAGCACAGCGGGCUAUGCCAGCACCCCACAGGAGACACGGCGGCACCAAAAAACCCUGACCACUUCGACGCCGCCAACCCUGCCAACGAGCGUAAGUGUGACACCUUAACGCAGGCAAAGUAG